GAUUCAAAGGUGAUGGCGGCUGGGGCGGCUCAGGGCUGAGGGGAGCGAUACCCGCCCGGCUCCUUGCCCGCCCGCCGCUGCUUCGGCACCAUGUCCUCAGAGGGCAAGGACUCGGCGGCGGGCACACAAACGCCUAAAGCUAGGCGGAAAGGAGGAAGAAUCGUGCAGUCUCGCUACCUGCAGUUCAAUAAGAAAGACAGCAAGAAGGUGCCGGGUCUGCCGAGCUCAGGCGUAGCUCAGCGAAAGGCAGAAAAGGAUUCUUUAUCAAGUUCCUUUUCAUCAAGUAGUUCUCUGCUGUCUUCCAGAACUAAAGCAAAAUCGGUUCAGUCUCAGAAACACGAAACUUCUGCUAGUGUUGACCACAGCACAUUAAAUCAGAGUGGUUUUGAGAAGGGUGACUUGCAGUCCACUUUAUUAGAUGAAGAAAAAUCAAAGCUACCCGACCUUGAUAUUUCUGCUAUUAAUGAUAAAAGUGACCCCAGUAAGAGAUCUGACUCAGAAUCUGCUUCAGAAGUGUCUUUUGAGGAAACUGACUCUCAGGAUCUGAUAGCACAACUGGAAUCUGAGACACUACUUUUAACUUUCCUAAGACUAAAGGUAGGAAAAAGGGUUGCCAAGAUGGAGGACAAAGCAGAAAAAAACUUGCUGAUGUUGUGUGAAGAAAAACAGAAACAACAGGAGAUGCUUUGGAAGCUGAAACGUGAAAUUCUGCUCGAGGAGAGAGACGAGAAGCUCAAUGAAGCAUUAGACAAACAGAUAGAAGUGCUGACUCCCCUUGUUGCUGUCUGUGAACCAUUUAAAGAGCAAUACAAAAACUUUGCAGCUUCCCUGGAUGCUGCAAGACAUGAAUUACCCAUCAAGAACAUUCAUAUAGAAGGAGAUAAGCAAACCUACCUUGAUGAACUGGGAAAGCAAUUAAUGAUCACACAGAAGCUUCUGACAGAAGUUAUGCCAAACCACUCAGAGGAUAGUGCAAAAGCACUUGGUGCACUGAAAGAGCUUAAAGAACUGUCUCAGCAACUGAGUCAAGGGUUUCAAAGGAGCUUCACAGAUGUGCAGAACCUGUCAUUUGAAGCCUGUAAAGAAGUUUCUCUGCAUAACCAAAAUGUGUGCGAAGAGAAUCAUGGAGUAGAUGUUGUGAAACACUGGUAUUUCAACUGAGUUUCUGUAUUGUUUUACUACUGGGUAGGUACUUACUCAAAGCCAGCAGACUUUUUAUCCUUUUACUUCUUGUGUGGACAUAAAACUUGGCCAAUUUUUCAGUGAAGCCAGCAGGGGUGCUCACUGAUGCAGGAAUUGGAGAGUUGUUCUGCAGGCUGUCCCACAGGGACACAUUGCUUGCUUUUAAUGGGGAUUUCUGUGACAGGUUUUCCAUUCCUUUCUCCUUGACAGUACUGAAAGAUAAAUGAUAAAAAGUGCUAAUCCUGCCAAAUCUGACCUGUGUGGUAAUCUACAGCCUGGGGUUGCCUCACUGAACAGCUUCUGCAGGAGCUCUGAUUUGUCCCAUGUUUCUGGGUGUGCUGUGUGGGUACAAAGCACUUGUUUGGAAGGAGCCUGAUCACUUUUAAUGAGUGAGAAGUUUUGGUAACUAGUUGCCUAAUUGCCUUGUAAAUAAAUUAUUGAAAUGACAAUGCUUUUGUAUAAACCUGACUCCUCUUUAAGGAUUUUAUUCUUUUUAAUAAUAAAGACUAUUUUGCACUGCUCUAGCAGUAACCUUCAA